AUGUCAAGAGAAAUGGCCAACGAAAUCAAACUCCUCAGCGGCAGUAGCCAUCCCGAUCUGAGCGCUCAGGUCGCCGGCCGCCUCGGCAUUGAAAUCGCCAGGACCGUGUCCCUCAACUACUCGAACCAGGAGACCUCCGUCACCAUCGGCGAAUCCGUCCGCGAUGAAGACGUCUACAUCCUCCAGUCCGCCGCCACCGGCGACGUCAACGAGGGCCUCAUGGAGAUGCUCAUCAUGAUCCACGCCUGCAAGACCGCCAGCGCCCGCCGCAUCACCGCCGUCAUCCCCUGCUUCCCCUACGCCCGCCAGGACAAGAAGGACCGCUCCCGCGCCCCCAUCUCCGCCCGCCUCAUCGCCAACAUGAUCCAGACCGCCGGCGCCAACCACAUCAUCACCAUGGACCUCCACGCUUCGCAGAUCCAGGGCUUCUUCUCCGUGCCUUGUGAUAAUCUGUACGCCGAGCCGUCCGUCCUGCGCUGGAUCCGCGAGAAUCGCAACGUCGAGCAGGUCGUCAUCGUCUCGCCCGAUGCGGGAGGCGCCAAGCGGGCCACUUCUAUUGCUGAUCGUCUCAAUGCCAGCUUUGCCCUUAUUCAUAAGGAGCGCCCCCGUCCCAACGUCGUAGGUCGGAUGGUUCUCAUUGGUGAGGUCCGCGACAAGGUGGCCAUCCUCGUCGAUGACAUGGCCGACACCUGCGGUACGCUGGACAAGGCCGCUGGUCUCCUGCGGGAUGCCAACGCCAAGGAGAUUCUGGCCAUCGCUACUCACGGUAUUCUCAGCGGCAACGCCAUCGAGACCAUCAACAACAGCAGUCUCUCGGCCCUCGUGGUUACCAACACUGUCCCUCUCGGCGACAAGGUCAGCCGAUGCCCCAAGCUUCAGGUGAUUGACGUUAGCGGCACCCUCGCCGAAGCCAUCAGGCGCACGCAUAACGGCGAAUCCGUGUCCUACCUCUUCACCCACGUGCCUGUGUAA